UGGUCUAAGUCCAGCUAAAGGAAAAAAACGGGCUCGCCUCUGUCAUUCUUUCAAUGCAUCACCAAUCUGCUAUCGAUAUCACCACCUUUAAGUCAACUCAACGACUUCACAACCUGACGAGAAAGAAACCCGACGCAUCUCUAAGCGACUUUACCAAAAGCCGUGUCCCACAGGCCAGACCUCAUCGCUUCUCGCUCGAGUCCGGAUGCGCGUGUGCGCAUAAUAAACUACCGAUCUUUCGGCUUUUGAGCCACCUUUUCUCUUCACGACGACCCGAUCACUACCGUCAAGCUGGCAAUUCUAAUGCAACCGCGGGCGACCGCUCAAAUAGCGAGGACAUCGACCCGAUGGCUCCGAAAUAGGCUCAAUUUCGGCUAUACACGACUCUUUGCUUCGGCAGUGCCACCGACAGAACAAAAGAAACCAGAGGCCGUGCCCCCAGAACUGGGCAGUGCGCCAUCACGGCCAUGGCAAAGCUCUGGUACCCAAGCCGGAUCGGUGACACCUACGUCAACAAGCCCUUCGUCGAAAUUCUACGUCCCCUCGGUUGUCAUUCCAGCUGAAGCAGCGAAAUCUGGACCCGUACAUAAAAUUCAUAUCCUGGGCGAAGAUGUGAGGUCAAGAUUCAUCGCCCACGCUCUAUGCAGUGUUUACGAUUCGGUUGAGACGGUACCAUUUCGCGAAAUGCCCAAGUCAAGAUAUCGAAAUGUCGAAAAGGUUCAACGUGACAGAACGAGGAAGAAUGCGUUUGCCGAGAAGAAUGCAGCCAUGCCCGAGGACAAGAACGAGCCAAUCCACGAAGUUGUACCUGAACCUGACCGCUCGCAUAUCGAUGAGUUGAUUGUUACCGGCCGUGGUUUUGAAGCUGUCAAGGCGAUCGUCUCAGUCAAAGACCGGAUCGACGAUAAAACAUCGAUUUGUCUUCUUAAUGAUGGCAUGGGAGUUCUCGAGCGAGUCCGCGAGGAAAUUUUUGACGGAACCCAGCCUGAGCCUAACUUUUACUUGGGCCAUAUGUCGCACGCGCUCGUUUUCAACCGGAACAGGGAUUCCGUUAAGCAGUUGAAGACUGGGCGAACAAUUUUCACCAAGGCCGAUCCGAUACUGAAUGCGCAGAAAGAGCUCUAUACCCCCGCCGAGCAGCAGCCCAGUUUGAUGCAUUCUUUGAAAAGGGUCAAAGAGCUUAACACAACUUUCAGCACUUAUGAGCACUGGCUAAGGUUCAAACUGCCUUCCAUGAUGUUCACAGCUGCUGUUGAGCCCGUCUGCGUGCUCCUUGACCUCCCAUACCAAGGUCUGAUGGACAAUCGAUCUGCUCAGAAGAUGAUGAAUCAGCUUCUGGCGGAAAUGGCUCUGGUGACGGAGAACAUGCCCGAGGUCAAAGACUCGCCAGACCUCAUAAAGUUUCUCCGUGGAGAAGGUCUGAAGAAGUUCUGCUACCGCCGCAUUACUGGCAAGAGCAAGGCUCCUAGUGAUCUGCUGCAGCGCAUCAACAAGGGUCUACAAACAGACAUGAACUAUCAGAAUGGAUACUUCUUGAAGCGAGCCAAGAUUCUCGGCAUAGACACACCAACGAAUCAACUGAUGGUGCAAAUGAUCAAAGCCCGUCGCGCUGAACAAUUGGCAAAGUUACAGUCCAUCAUACCAGUCCAGGAGGCAUCGCCAAACGAUGUUAGGAAGAAGACUCAGCAGCGCAUGUUAAGAAAUGGCUUUUUGUAGAAUAGGGCAUUGACGAAUUGCAUCCUUGGCGCUUGGAGCAUUCUAUAUAUAAUUGGAUAUUCUUAAAAUAGCACUUUAACUAUUCAAACUGAAGAUGGUCAACAGUUUCUUCUUUAUUAACAGAAUAUGGACACCAAAUCAAG